UGGCGAGAACAGGGGACGUUCGAACGCCUAGGCCCGGAUCAGACGAGAGAGAUGGCCGGAUGCGGUUUCGAUUCCCUCCGACAGCAGUCAGAGGCUCUGGGGAGAAAGCAGAGCGCACUCUACUUAAAGGGGCGCCCAGGACCAUGAUGGAGGAGCAAAGUGGGACAAUGGCCCGUUUCCCUUUCCAGAGUUGAAUCACUUUCCCCAGGGUUGCCCAAGGGCUUUGCGCCCCUCACCAGAAUCUUCUUGGAAACCCUUCCUUUCCACUCAGUGUCCAGUCCACUCCUACCCCGAGGUGCGGCCCUGCUCUUUUCCCCGAGGCAAGACCCGGUUCUGACGGCCAGCCUGGAGGCCCGGGGUGGUUCCGGGGCACUUGCCGAACACAGGUCUCUUUAGGACCCGGGGGAAGUCAUUUACCCGACACCUAUCCCCUGGGGAGUUCCUGGUUUGAGAGGUGGGAAGAGCCGUCUACGGAAAGGUGACGGUGGUACCUGUGUCCAGUACCCAGGCCCGAAGUUUCUCGUGCCCUGAUUUCAGGCUAGGACCAGCUCUUUCUCCUGCCCCCAAGGUCUACUCCCAGAUUGGACUACCAUGAAACUGCACCAGAAGUCCGUACUCAAUUUCUUCCGUGGAUACAGAAAAGCUCCAGACCGAGAGGGCAUCUUGCUGAAGAAGGGAGCCCGAAAUACCAGCUAUCAACGCCGCUGGUUCAUCCUCGGGGGAAACCUCCUCUUCUACCUGGAGAACCAGGCGGACCACACACCCCUGGGCCUCAUUCUCUUGGAAAACUGCCGGGGGGAGCCACGCCUUGGGGCCACAGAACCCUAUGCCUUUACCAUCCUGACCCCUAGGGUUGAGGGAACAGGUGGGCGUACCUACAAAUUGGCAGCAGAAAACCAGGAAGAGCUGGGAGCCUGGCUGUGGGCACUAGCUGGGGCGAGCUGGAGGCGGCUGGUGGCGCUACUACCCCCUCUGGAGGCCCAGUACCGGGAGCUGUGCCAGGCAGCUGGCCAAGAGCCCAGCUCACCCCCAGAGGACUGUGGCUUUCUUGCCACCCUCGGUACCCCCUCCAGCUUCCAGGAAUUGCAUGAGCACUUUGGGAAGGAGAUCCGGGUGCUGCAGGUGGUAUGUAGAGGGCCCCAGGCUAACAAUGGGGGCAGCAGAUCCCAGGCAAAGGAGGAACAGGAGCUCAGCAGCUGAUGAGUGACUGAAAGGUGGACCAAAGGCCAAGAG